CAGUAAAUAUCUAGUGCCUACUACACAUAAUUUCUCAAGAGUUUGCUCUGCUCUUUUUCUUAUUCUAAUUGACCUUUUGUGAGUUACUAUAUUCUAUUUGUCUGCUCCAUUAUCUCCUCAUGGGAUAUGCCUCAUUUCACACUCAGCCUGUUCCUAGGUGGGAAAUUACUGUUCAUGUCCUUCUAGUGGGAAACUGAGGGGUCAAGAUUGCACAUUUUUGUCCCCAAGUUCACUAUGAAACUAUUUUGGACAUUGAUUUUGAUAGUUCUCUACAAUGGGUAUUGUACAGAAGGGGUUAAUUCAACUCUUCCUGCAAGGCCUAAAGUUGUGAACAUUGGGUGUAUGCUAUCUUUCAAUUCCAGCGUUGGGAAAGUUUCCAAAAUUGCUGUUGAAGCUGCUGUGGAAGAUAUAAAUUCCAAUCCAAAUGUUCUUGGAGGAACUAAGUUGAAUAUGAUAACAUUGGAUAGUAAUUCCAGUGGAUUUCUUGGAAUAGUUGAGGCUAUCCGUUUCAUGGAGACGGACACUGUGGCCAUUGUAGGCCCCCAAUCUUCUGUUAUAGCUCAUGUGGUAUCAAACAUCGCGAAUGAGCUCCAGGUCCCUCUAUUAUCUUUUGCAGCCACAGACCCAACUCUUUCUUCACUUCAGUACCCGUUUUUCGUUAGAACUUCCCCAAGUGAUAUGUUUCAGAUGGCAGCAAUAGCUGAAAUGAUCGAUCAUUACGAAUGGAGAGAAGUCAUUGCGAUAUAUAUUGAUGAUGAUUUUGGAAGAAAUGGUAUAGCUGCAUUAGCAGAUGAGCUGGCCAAGAGACGAUGUUCGAUCUCCUACAAAGCAGCUAUGAAACCUGAUGCAACAUUGGAUGAUGCCCGGGAUGUUUUGGUUCAGGUUGCUUUGAGAGAGUCACGAAUUAUGGUUGUUCACACUUAUCCUUCAAAGGGUAUGGAAAUAUUCUCUAUGGCACGGACUCUGGGGAUGACAGAUAAUGGAUAUGUCUGGAUUGCUACACAUUGGCUCUCAGCCUUCCUUGACACUUCCGGUCCCCUUCCUCCAGAUAAAAAAGAGAACCUUGAAGGUGCUAUCACCUUGCGUGUACACACUCCACGUUCAGAAUUGAAACAGAAAUUUGUCUCACGGUGGAGCAAUUUGACAAAGGAGGCAGGAGUUACUGGAUCUUCCGGGUUGUCUACUUAUGGGCUCUAUGCUUAUGAUACUGUGUGGCUACUUGCUCGUGCCAUCAAUGAAUUCUUUAACCAGGGUGGAAAUGUUUCAUUUUCCAAGGAUCAAAGACUAACUGAACAGAAUAGCGGAAGUCUGAAUCUUGAUUCUAUGAGCAUCUUUAAUGGAGGGAAGUUAUUGCUGGACAACAUUUUUAAGGUUAAUAUGACAGGUGUAACAGGACCAUAUAGUUUCACUUCUGAUAAGAAUCUUUUCCGUCCUGCUUUUGAAGUCAUUAAUGUGGUCGGUACAGGUUUUCGGAAAGUUGGUUAUUGGUCUGACUAUUCUGGUUUAUCAAUUGUGCCUCCUGAAACACUCUACUCCAAGCCGCCAAAUCGUUCCUCUUCAAAUCAACAGCUACAUAGUAUAAUCUGGCCUGGACAAACAACUGAGAAACCUCGUGGAUGGGUUUUCCCAAACAAUGGGAGACAAUUGAAAAUUGGAGUCCCUCAACAUUUCCUGAAUUUGUUGGGGAAAGUACCCGGACUGCUCAUUCAGAGUACUGCUUUCCCUAGGGACUCUCCUCUAGCAGUUGACAUGUCAACAGCACUUCUGAAACUAUCAGAGAAUGGGGAACUUCAAAGGAUCCAUGAUAAAUGGCUUGCUGGAAUAGCUUGCACUUCACAGAAUACAAAGCUUGCAGUGGACAGGCUUCAGCUGAAAAGUUUCUCAGGUCUAUUCUUUAUAUGUGGGUUAGCAUGUUUUCUGGCUCUGCUCAUAUAUUUUGUGAAGAUAGCAUGCCAAUAUUGCCAAUAUUACCCCAAUUCCGAGUCCUCUGGUGAAAGCUCGCGAUCAGGACGCCUUCAGACAUUCUUUUCUUUUGUUGAUGAAAAGGAAGAGUCAGUGAGGUCUCGAUCCAAACGAAGGCAACUGGAUGCAAGUUCAGCUAGAAGUAUUGAUCAAGAUGCAUCAGUAAAUGGUUCGAGGAUUGACCGUUCUGAGAUGUACUCAAAUAGGGCAGUAAGUUUUGGAGAAUCUGUGUAGUUCGUCAACAAAUAUCUACCAUUCUUCCUCAAAUGUAAUUAUAUAGGUCGAGUGUAUAUUUAUGUACGCAGUGCUGAACUGUAUCAAAUACAACUACUACAACGGCUCAAUCUCAAGCUAGUUGAGGUCGAUUAUAUGAUAUUUAUUGUCCGCUUCGCUCCAUUUAAGUC